CUCGGUACAGUGCUCGUGACGGGGGGCGCCGGUAUCGUAGGCUCGUUUCUCGUCGAGAAACUUGUCAAAGAUCCAGCAUGUGCGAAAGUUGUCGCGACAUAUCACAGCGAAAAGUCAUACCAGCAUCGUUGCGAAGGGGUCGAAUAUCACGUCUGUGAUAUCACGGAUCCCUCCGACGUCAAGAGGCUUCUGGAUCAGACGAAACCGACCAUCAUCAUUCACACGGUAUCUCCUGGUCCUGACGCACCAUACGAAGUGCAAUACAAAAUCAACUAUGUGACUACGAAGCAGCUCGUCGAGCAAGCCACUGCACAUCCGACAGUUCAGGCAUUUAUCUACACAUCUUCUUCAGACACCAUUGCCUACCGAUCUGGAGUUAAGGACCGACCUUUACUAGAAGAGACCUGUACGAUACAUGAUCUGGACACGAAAGUGGGCGCAGGAAACUACGGCCGCACCAAAGGAGCCAGCGACCGUCUGGUUCUGGCUGCCAACACUGGACGCAAAUCCCUUGCAGAGAAUGGAGACUAUGUUGGCCAACUUCUCACAUCUACUCUACGAAUUGCUGGCUUGUACGGCGAGCGCGAUUUGAAGACCAUUCAUACGAUGUUGAAGCUGACCAACACAUCCGCAACAAAAUUUCAGAUCGGCCCUGACACGGCAUUCCAUGAAUGGCUCUUCACAGACAACGCGGCGCAAGCGCAUUUGCUCGCCGCCAAAGCCCUCCUCGACGGCAAGCAUACGACUCCUGACACGAAAGUCGACGGGGAAUCCUUCUUCAUCACCGACGACUCUCCAAUGCCGCUCUGGCAGUUUUCCCGCAACGUCUGGAGAGCAGCUGGAGAUAAGGCACACUCUUCAAAGCAGCCCCCGAGCAUUAUCAUUAUCCCCUUUUGGCUCGUGAUUGCUGUGGUCGGGUUUAUAGAGUCUUUCAAGCGAUUCUUCGGCAUCACUACGAGUGAUAUGAAGCUCAACAAGCAUCGUCUACAGGUCAUGCAGGCGGGAUCUAGGCUAUCGCCUGAGAAGGCGAAGAAGAGACUUGGGUACCGCCCUCUGUACAAUACGGAAGAAGGAAUCAAGAGAUCUGUAGCAUGG